AUGAACCGGAAUCGUUUUGCAACGUGAGGUUAGAGUGGUCUUUAUCUGUUGUUUUUUUUUAUAAAUUUUGAUUAUUUAUCGUGCUAUGUCAAUGAUUCCACCCGUUUCACCAAUUUUAAAUUGCUGAUUUUGAAGUGUGACUAGUGAUACCCCAACCAUGGCAGCAGUACAAACACCGUUGGAAAACGCAUCCAACUUCAAUGGACCCCAGCCUCAACCGCUACCUCAACCGCAGCCCAUGCAACCGGAGGCUCCACCAGCUCAGUUGCCCGUUAUCGGCAUUAUUUAUCCUCCUCCGGAGGUCAGAAACAUCGUCGACAAGACUGCAGGUUUCGUAGCAAGCUACGGACCCGAGUUUGAAUCCAGAAUUCGAGAAAAUAAGCUUGGGAAUCCGAAGUUCAAUUUUCUUAGUCCUGGAGAUCCGUACAAUGCUUACUAUCAGCACAAAGUCAAAGAGUUUCGAGAAGCCCAAGCGGCAGGGCAAGAACAAGCUGCUGCAAAUCAGGCGCAAGCACCUGCUCGUAAAUCUAUGCCCACUGCUACCCUCCAAAAACAACAAGAAUUGUUGAAGCAAGCAGUAGCUGAACAACCAUUUAUACCGAAGGACCCUCCUCCAGAAUUUGAGUUCAUAGCUGAUCCUCCAUCAAUCUCAGCUCAAGACUUAGACAUCGUGAGGAUGACAGCCCAGUUUGUUGCUCGAAACGGUCGUCAGUUCCUGACAUCUCUAAUGAAUCGUGAGCAGAGGAACUGUCAGUUCGAUUUUCUCAGACCACAACACUCCUUAUUUCAGUACUUCACUAAGCUCUUAGAGCAGUAUACCAAGAUCCUUGUUCCACCAAAAGACAUAGUUCCCAAGCUUGAAGAAGAAUCGUAUUCUAUUAAGAAUAUUCUUGAAAAAGUAAAGUAUCGUGCUGAUUGGCAGCAGUAUCAAGAAGCUCAAAAACGGAAAGCAGAACAGCAAAUUGAGAAAGAAAGAGUUGCUUAUGCUCAAAUCGACUGGCACGAUUUCGUCGUGGUGGAAACAGUGGAUUAUCAAAUCGGAGAAGUUGGCAACUUUCCGACACCAACAACUCCCAGCGAAGUCGGAGCAAGAGUUCUCAUGCAGGAAAGAAUUGAAGAAAAUGGUGGAGAAGCAGGAGAGAAUGAAGAUGGAGAUGAUGAUGAGGAAGAAGAGGAGGAGGAUGAGGAAGAGAACGAAAUGCAGAUGGGAUCUGAUGACGAAAUGGAAGAUAGGACGCACGAGAAGCCGACGAAACAAAAGGAAAGAGCAAAUAGUAGUGAGUCAGAAGGUGAAGAAGAAAGUAAUGAAGCCAAGGACGCAAGGGACAAUACACAGGUUCAAGACAUGGAAGAAGAUUCGUCCAGUGAAGAUGAAGACAGAGAGAAAAGUGAAGACAGGAGAAAAUCAGGGCCUCCGAUACCCGAUGCUCUUCAACCACCGCUUCCUCCUCAACCCGACAAAGUCAUUGUUAAAAAAGGCUAUGAUCCCAAACAAGCACAAAAAGCUGCGAAAACAGCUCCUGCUGAUGAAUAUCUCAUCUCUCCAAUCACUGGUGAAAAGAUUCCUGCAAGUCAAGUACAAAAGCAUAUGCGAAUCGGUUUGUUGGAUCGCAGCUGGAUUGAACAGAGGGACAAACACAUUCAAGAAAAACGCAAUCAAGAGACUGUCUUUGCUCCUGGCUCUGCAAUUGAGGACAGUUUGAAAGAAUUGGCCGAGCGUCGUACUGAUAUUUUCGGUGUUGGUGAUGAAGAAACUGUCAUUGGUAAAAAGAUAGGAGAAGAAGAUACCAAGAAAGAUGAUAAGGUCACCUGGGAUGGCCACACUUCCAGCGUCGAAGCAGCAACAAGAGCGGCCCGUGCUAACAUCACAAUUGAGGAGCAAAUCCACCAAAUCCACAAAGUGAAAGGUCUCCUGCCGGACGAAGAGAAAGAAAAGAUCGGUCCGAAACCAGCGUUCCCUGGUGGACGUCACCAACCCCAGCACCCCCAGUCUGCCCCCAUGCCACCUCCACCCGCAACCACAGCACCUGCACCUCCCCCUCCGGCACCGGCCCCAGUCAAACACAAUCCUCCGCCUCCCCAGAUGCCGGUCCUAGCGCCUCCUCCUCCACUUCCAACGCUCACUCCGAUGCCUCCCAAUAUGCCUGGCAUGAUGAUGAUGCCACAGCAACUUCCGCCGCCGCCGAUGAUGGUUCCAGCUGUUCCGCGACCUCCACACUUCCAAGUUGUUACCCCGGGCCCACCAAUGCCACCAGCUUUUAUUCCAGCACCACCCAUUGUUCAACAACAGCAGCAGGCACCUACCAAACAUGCUGCCGAGCCUAACCCUGAAGAUGAACCACCCAGCAAGAAAGUUCGAACAGAAGAAUCGCUUAUUCCUGAACAUCAAUUCAUGGCAAAUCAUCCUUCACCGGUCAAUUUCUCAGUUUCCGUUCCAACCAUGAACGACAAACCAGAAUGGAAACUCAACGGACAAACAAUACAAAUGAGUCUGCCCCUCCAAGAUUCAGUUGCAGUCAUCAAGGCGAAACUCCACGAUGCUACUGGCAUGCCACCCGGAAAGCAAAAGAUUCACAUGGAUGGGCUCUUCUUCAAGGAUUCGAAUUCAUUAGCGUACUACAAUGUGACUCCUGGAACAGUUCUUCAACUGCAACUGAAAGAGCGUGGUGGACGUAAACGAUAAUUUUAUGUCCUUAGUCUUAAAACUAUUACAAAUCCUCUCUCAUUUCAUCUUUGUAAGUCUGUAAUUUUAACUUUAUGUGAUAAAACGUAUAGGGAGCAUGUACACUGUAAUAUGACAACGUUACCUAAAAGGGUCAAUCUCGGUAAAAGAAAGAAUCAUUUUGAGGAAUUUGUUUUUAUCUUGUAUACAUUUAUAAGUGUAAUUUUUGAUAUGGCACUGGAAAACGGAAUUAUCGCAGGCCAAGGUGAGGAACCAUGCAUCUGUAUUGCUACAUUUCAGAAUUUCUGCUCUCGUUGUAUUUUUUUCAAUGUCAACUUCGUUUGCUUUCUAAAUUGGGUUUGACAUUUUGAACAACAAAACAUAACUGUUCCAAAUUAUGUCUUUUUAAUCAUUUGGCAUAUCUUCUGUUGUCAGGUAAUUUUACCUAAAUGUGUGAGGGAAUGUCAUUUUCUAAAUUUUGUGACAACCCUGAUUUUUAAGAGAAGCAAGCCACCUUUAUAGCUUAAAAUUUUUUCAGAAUAUUCUGCUGACAGAGAAGAAAGAUCAAGGACGUUUUCAAAAAUUUAUGUCGACUAGUUUUCCGUAGAAAAAAUGAAUUACGAUAUGAAGUAUGUUAUGUCGCAAACGGAAGUACAUUGUUUUGCACUUUGGCCAGCCAUGUGUGAUAUCCAGUUGUAUAAUAUCUAGCAAAAAGUUUAAGUUGCUUUCCACUUGCACUCAAGUACUCUCACUACUUAGUACUUAAGUCACUAUUGAUUUCAAAUUUGAAUAAUAAGCUUUUAAACAAUCUGAAACAUGUUCACAAUCAUUUUCUAAUUUCAUAAGCUAGUUGACUUUUAAACCUCUGUCUCUUCUGUCGUUCGUGUAAGUUAAAAAGAUCACUUGUAAAUAAAAUUUUAUCAGCUAGUCUUUAUUUUGAGGUAAUGUAAAUUUUUGUAAAUAAUAGACAAAUUUAAUAAAUUUUGUAAUUAAUA